GUCACUCUGCAUAGAGCAUUACGACCUGCAGACACAAUUCCUAUGUUUGUCACAGUGUGUCAUGUUGGUGAGGAGUUACUCUGUGGAUAAUUGGCGGUAGCACGCCGGCUGAUUUGCAAGAUUACGAUUUUUAUUUUUUUAAUUGAUUUAAUUUGCGCUACCGCGGAGUGAGACAGUUGGAGCUUCGAGGGCGCUCCGUGUUUCCAAAGCCCAAAAUAGAAAUAGUCGCUGUCAGGAGGACUACUGUUUUGUUGAUGUCAUCCGUGGCAGAGCUGUAGCGACCUUCAGUUUCUAGACAAGAAAACAAAGACGUGUUUUUGUUUUUUUUAAACCCCUCUCCUUUGUUUUGUCAGUGGCAAUAGGAACGAAGAUGGGACUAUUGCUCCGCGGCAUCCUGCUGUUAUCGGCUUGCACUUUCACAGCAGGUGUAGAUUUUCAGCUGGGCUCCAAGCCCCUCGGGCAGUCAGCUUUUGUGAGGCGUUCAAACACUGAAGGGAAAGCUGCGAAAAUCGUAAAGAGGUCUCUUCCCGCAUGGCUGGCUCCAUCACCAAACCACAAGAUAAAAAGAAGAAGCACCGAAGAGGACGACUCGUGUAAAGCUCUUCAAGGAUAUGUCACCAAGUUGGACGCCAACACCCACGAUUUUGAAUUCCAUGACCUGAGUGGCUCGGUGUCGCUGGCUUGGGUUGGAGAUGGCACAGGGGUUAUUCUGGCCUUGACGACAUUUCAGGUCCCGUUCUUCAUGGUAAAACUUGGACAGUCGAAACUCUAUCGAAGUGAGGACUACGGCAAGUUAUUUCAGGAUGUAACCGGCCUCAUCAACAACACCUUCAUAAGAUCAGAGUUCGGCAUUGCAAUCAGCCCCAAUAACUCAGGCAAAGUGAUUCUGACAGCUGAAGUGUCUGGAGACCUCAAGACCUGCAUUUUUGUCUCUGAGGACUUUGGAAAGAGCUUCACCGACCGGAACUUGCCUUUCAACCCCUUGACGCAGAUCACGUACAACCCUGAGAAUUCCAGUGUGCUGGUUGUCCUCAGCAACGACUAUGAGCUGUGGCUGUCUGAAGACUUUGGCGUAAAUUGGAAAAACAUUCACAGAAUGGUGUGUCUGGUAAAAUGGGAAAGAAAAAAUACAAUCUACUUUACAGCCAGCCUCAACGGCUCCUGCAGUGAUCGAGGUAUGCUGGAACUGAGGAGGACGACCAACUAUGGCAAAACCAUCAAGACUGUUGCCAGUAAGAUCUACUCUUUUGGCCUUGGCGGACGCUUCCUCUUUGCAUCAGUAAUGACGGGAAAGGGCACUCUGCGGACAAUCCACGUGUCAGUGGAUCAGGGUGAUAGUUGGAACAUUGCCCAGCUGCCUCCUGUUGGUCAUGAGCAGUUCUACUCUAUCCUGGCAGCGAACGAUGAAAUGGUCUUCAUGCAUGUCGACGAGCCAGGAGAUACUGGAUUUGGUACAAUCUAUGUGUCAGACGACCGAGGUACUGUGUAUUCCAAGUCACUGGAGCGCCACCUUUACACCACUACGGGGGGAGAUACAGACUUCACUAAUGUUACUUCUCUACGAGGAGUUUUUAUCACCAGCGUCCUGGCUGAAGAUAACUCUGUGCAGUCUGUGGUGUCCUUUGACCAGGGAGGGGAGUGGGUACCCCUCCAGAAACCUGCCAACAGCAAGUGUGAUGCUACAGCCAAGGACCCAGACAAGUGCAGUCUUCACAUCCAUGCUGCCUACAGUACUUCUCAGAAGCUCAACAUCCCCAUGCUCCCUCUGACUGAACCAAAUGCUGUGGGUCUCAUCAUAGCUCACGGAAGUGUUGGUGAUGCUAUCUCAGUGAUGAGACCAGAUGUGUAUGUGUCUGAUGAUGGUGGCUAUACCUGGAUAAAGGCUCUUGAUGGACCCCAUCACUAUGCUAUUCUGGACUCGGGAGGUCUGCUGGUGGCCGUGGAGCACAGCGUGACAAACCCUGUCAACAAGAUUAAAUUCUCUACUGAUGAAGGACAGUGCUGGAAUGAGUACAACUUCACCAAAGAUCCCAUCUUCUUUACUGGACUUGCAUCAGAGCCAGGAGCACGUUCUAUGAAUGUUAGUAUCUGGGGCUACAGAGACUCUUACCUCAGCCAGUAUUGGACCUCGUUUACCAUUGACUUCAAAGAACUUCUUACUAGAACAUGUGGAGACGAUGACUAUGUGCAGUGGUUGGCCCACUCUGAUGAUAUCAGUGAUCCAAAUGAUGGUUGCUUGCUGGGCUACAAAGAGAAGUUCUUGCGUCUAAGGAAGGACUCGGUUUGCUGGAACGGGCGCGAUUACAUAGUCAACACCCAGCCAACCCCGUGUUUAUGCACCCUGGAUGACUUCAUGUGUGACUUUGGGUACUACCGUAAAGAGAACAGCUCUGAGUGUGUGGAGCAGCCGGACCUGAGAGACAAAGUGUUGGAGUUCUGUCUGCAGGGCAAAGAGGAGCAGUUGCAGACUAGUGGUUUAGUGUUAAACGGCGUGUAUGUCUUCUUAUACUGCCAUUUUCUUUUUUGUUUGCCCUUACUUUCACAGGUGGACAAUAAGGCCUCCAAGUCUGUGCCCGUUGUGAUAACAGUUGUCAUAGUCCUGAUUCUGAGUAUUGCAGCAGGAGUAGUCUUUGUCAAGAAAUAUGUCUGCGGUGGCAGGUUCUUGGUUCACAGGUACUCUGUGCUACAGCAGCAUGUUGAGGCCAAUGCUGCUGAUGGGAUAGACGAACCGCUGGAGACCAACCACGCUCAAAAUGGCAAAAUAGAGUUUCAUGAUGACUCAGAUGAGGAUCUGCUUGAAUAGCAGGCACAACCUGUCAAGCAACUGAGCAACAGGUUUCUUACAGGGUCCCGCGACCUGCCGCUGUUCCUGCCGCUCUUUUUGUCUCCAGAUACUUUCCUUUUCACCUUUUAGUAUAAACUUUGGCCUUGGCUACAGAUGAAGAAUCUGUCCUUCUGCUGUCAUUGGUUCAGCCUGAUGAAUGUACAGAGGCUCUCUGAGACUAAUGCCACAGUUGAGGAGCAUUACAACGAAGGUCUUACUGUGUUUUGCUUCAGUUAUUGAUUCUGUUGAGUGAGUUUGAAUCCCAAAGUUAUUUAUUUUUAGGAGCUAAAGAAAUUAUGCCGUAAUCUAAAGCUGGUUGUAUAAAUCCAUCGCCACCGCAUUACGGGUUCUCCCUCUCUAUCACCUUGGAGUGCACCUGGAAAUAUUUCACACUUCUUUUCUCAUGCACUUGUACAUAAACCUGUUUUUCUUUGCCAUUUUUGAUGUGGUAUCAGUUUGGUAAGUGUUUAAAAAAGCAAAACAAAAAAAAGGUUGUUGAAUGGUUGGUAAUUCUUUUGGAACACUUGACUCUUAACCUAGUUUUAACAAACUAUUUGUUUGUCAAAAACUGUCCUUCAAUAUUGAGGGCUUUAUAAAUUUGGGGUCUUAAGCCUGACCAAAAUGUAAAAUCUUGUAUUUGGAAUACCAGCGUCCAAAUGUUUGGCACACGUCUUCUUUAAAGUAAUAAGGAAUGUGGAAAUUUCCAUGUCCAUAGCAUUUUAUAGCAAUAAAAUUCUCCGUGCACAUCAAAAAAAAUUCUGUAGUAACAUGUUAUUUUUAGGUUUGUUGGCUGAAUCGUUGUCGUUGUGCAUUAACUGCAAGGGUAGUGAAGUAUGUCUGUUUCAGGACAGAAAUUGUUUAAAAUGUUGUCUGCAGUUCGAAUUGCCUCAAGCACAAGGCCUCCUGUAAUGCUAAGAGUUUGUAGUAUAACAUUUUUCUUAAACCUGACCUGUUGUGAUGAGACAAAUGAUCACUGUAGUCAUAUAAUUGUCAUGUUUGUAACAAUUUCAGCAGUUUUGGUACUAAUCAACUUUUGCAAAUUAUAUAACAACUGACAGAUUGCAGUUCAAAGAUGUUCAGAAACAAAUAUAGUUUCAGAGUAAAAAUUACAGAUUUAGAGAUUUUUUUAAACCACACAAACAUAUAACCAAGUUAAUCAACAUUAUUUGGUUCUGGAAAUAUAGCAAUAUGAAAACCAACAAAUCUAUAUAUGUUGUAUAGCAUAACUCCUGCUGUAACCAUGGCUGGAUAAGAGCCAAAGCCAUGCCAAGACUGUUUUGUUUGGUGGGUGGAUCUCUGCAUUUGAAGCUGUAGUGAACUACUGUUUUGUUUUUAAUCGGUCUUAACGACUCUGUCUUAUGAUGUUUGUUGUUUUGCACAAUUAUUUGUCCGUCUUGUUUUAAAGUUUAAUUUAUUGGUGAAAAGCUGGUUCAGAGUGCAGUAAAUUGGAUGUGGUUAUACAAGUGCCUGGUGUGAGGACCUAAUGUGUGGCCAGCAUCUAUUUACUGAUUUUAUUUUUGAUUUUUGUUUUUAUUUAUAUCAUCUGAUAUGUAAUCAGUUUCAUCUCUAAGUUGCACUUGUUGCCUAAGAAUAAUUUUUGAGCAGUAAAUGUCUGUUUUAUAUGAGCUCCCACCGAACUGCAUGUUAACUCUCAAUAAUACUUAUAUCUACAGCUGUGAAAAGAAAAUGACCUGUAAUAACUUGGUUAUUCUUUUCUUUUC